UUGGCCAUAAAAAUAAUUUUAUAUUAUUAGUCAAUUACACAUAUAAAUUUGUAGUGUAACACACAGAAAACAAAGUUUCUCCUUUGGGAGUAGACUUUCCUUUUUGAAAAAAAGAAAAAAAGAAAGAAUAAAUAAAGUGGUUCAAAUAAGAUUAAUCAUUUAAUUGUAAGACCAGAAAAGAGGAAAUGCUGAAUUGUUCUUGUCCCUAAACCAUAAUGUGGAGUGGUUUGACUUACCUUCCACGUUUUUAUUUUUGUUUUUAUUUUUAUUGAGCACUAAAUAAUAACACCCUAUUUUUUCUUGAUUAUGAAUUUAUGAUUCCCUUCUUCACCACCAUUACAUUAUUAUUAUUCCGCGUCGCUCACGUAUUAUUUUCAUUCUUUCUUUUCACCCUCUGCAUAGCUUCAUUCAUCAGAUAAUUUUUUUUUCCCUUCUUGAUCAAUGACCUCUUCUUCUCCUUGACUUGUCUUUUCUCAGUAACACCCGUUUGAUUCUCUUCUCCUUUCUUUCCAUUAUUGUUGUUGGGUUGUUACUAUUGGAACUGCUUUGUGUUUUGAAUAAUGGGUUCCAUAAGAGGAAUCAAGAAGAGGAAGAAGGCUGACAACAACAACAACGAUGCCCCAUUCCACUCCCAACUUCAACGCCCCUCCGAUUGGUGGCACCUCUUCUCCCGCAGAAUUUCAGGACCUUUAUCACAAUUUAAGGAUUUAGACAAAUUUGAAUCUGUUUUCAAGAUCUCAAGAAAGACAUUCAAUUAUAUAUGUUCUCUUGUGGAAGAAGAUAUGCUGGCUAGAUCAUCAAAUUGCACUGAUUUAAACGGCAUACAUUUGUCUUUGAAUGACCAAGUAGCCAUUGCUCUUAGGAGGCUUAGUUCUGGUGAGUCAUUGCAAGCCGUUGGCGACUCGUUUGGGCUGAACCAGUCAACUGUUUCCCAGGUAACUUGGCGGUUUGUGGAAGCAAUGGAAGAGAGAGGGCUACACCAUCUUAGUUGGCCGUCAACUGAAGUCGAAAUGGAAGAGAUAAAGGCUCGAUUUGAGAGCAUACGAGGCCUUUCCAAUUGUUGCGGCGCAGUUGACACCACACACAUACUGAUGACUUUGCCUGCCACAGAUUCUGUGACCAAUGUGUGGGUUGAUCAUGAGAAGAACUGUAGCAUGAUCUUGCAAGCCAUUGUGGAUCCGAAUUUGAGAUUUCGUGACAUAGUUACCGGUUGGCCUGGUAGUCUGAGUGAUGAUCAUGUGCUUCGAAGCUCUGCUUUCUUCAAACUUGCUGAAGAAGGAAAGAGGUUGAAUGGAAAAAAGAAAAUGCUCGAAGGAACAAUGCUAAGGGAAUACAUAAUUGGAGAUACAGGAUUUCCCCUUUUGCCAUGGCUUCUUACACCUUACAAAGGCAAAGGCCUGUCGGAUGUUCAGGUUGAGUUUAACAGACGGGUCGUCGCAACUCAAAUGAUAGCGAAAAGGGCAUUGGCUAGGCUGAAGGAGAUGUGGAAGAUAAUCCAAGGUGUGAUGUGGAAGCCUGAUAAGCACAAGUUACCA